GCUGGGAGGGAGUGAGGCAGGAAGAGUUUGGACAGACUGCAGACAGCUAUGGGGAACACACAGGAAAAACCCCCAGGCGGCGGAGGAGGGGGCGUUAGACCGGAUCAGGCCUCAGCGGGGAGCAGGACACGCAACCAGGGAGCUGGCAGCUUGAAGAACCCCCCUGUUCAGAGAGAUUCCGAGAAAGGGGUGGCCAACGGCACUCGGAGAGAAAAGAGUCCUGCCGGUGGACAGAUGGAGCUGAGCAGCUCUGCGGUGGACAUGAGUUAUCUGGACGCCCCGGCUGGGGCCUUACCUCCUCACCUGGGCAGACUCAAGAACGAGGGGAACCACCUCUUCAAACACGGCCAGUUUGGGGAUGCCCUGGACAAGUACACCCGAGCCAUUGAUGGAUGUGCUGAAGCAGGCAUUGACAGUCCAGAAGACUUGUGCAUCCUCUACUCCAACAGAGCGGCCUGCUACCUCAAGGAUGGAAACAGCGCCGACUGCAUUCAGGACUGCACCAAGGCUCUGGAGCUGCAGCCCUACUCUUUGAAGCCUUUGCUGCGCAGAGCUAUGGCUUAUGAGUCACUGGAGCGCUACAGAAAGGCCUACGUAGAUUACAAGACUGUCCUGCAGAUAGACACGGGGGUACAAGCAGCCCACGACAGCAUCCACAGGAUCACCAAAUUACUGAUUGAGCAGGACGGGCCUGAAUGGAGAGAGAAGCUUCCAGACAUUCCUGUGGUCCCUCUGUCCAUUCAGCAGCAGCACAGAGAGAAGCCGAUCAGUGUGGAACAGGCUCGGGCCCGAGCCGCCAGGGCCGCACAGGAGGAGGCAAGAAGACGAGAAACCCGUUUCACAGCACUGAAACAGGAAGGCAAUGAGAUGGUGAAGCAAGGACAUUUCAGCGACGCUCUGGAGAAGUACAGCGAAUGUCUCGCCAUAAAACCUAAGGAAUGUGCCGUCUACACCAACAGAGCCAUUUGUUUCCUCAAACUGCACCGCUUUGAAGAGGCCAAACAGGACUGCGACUCAGUGCUGGAGCUCGAACCGUCCAACAAGAAAGCUUUUUACAGACGGGCCCUGGCUCAUAAAGGACUACAGGACUACCUGUCAGCCAGCACCGACCUCCAGGAAGUCCUACAGCUGGACCCCAACGUUCACGAGGCCGAGCAGGAGCUUGAGGUGGUGACGGAAUUGUUGAGGAGGAGCCUGAUGGACACGCCAAGGGUUUGACACUUAUUUGAGGUGCAAUGUGGUAACAGAGGGAUGAACUACGUACUGUAGUAUGCCUGCAAGAAAGGCUUUUCUUUUUUCUUUUUUUUUGCCUCAGCAAAAAAACACGCAGAAAUGACUAGCUCCUUGGAUGACAGGCUUUCCAGCGCUGCGCCAUCUCCAACGUGUGCAAACCACC